CGCCGGGCCUGGGCCUAGGCCUGGGCCGAGCCUCCGCCGCCAUGCAGCCGCCCGGCGCGCCCCCGGCCUACUCGGCGCCCAGCGGGGACUUCACCUUCGUGUCCUCGGCCGACGCCCAAGAUCUCAGUGGUUCCAUAGCACCGCCAGAUGUAAAAUUAAUCUUGGUGUGAGAUUUUAUCAAAGACUCUACAGCAACUACAUUUCUGAGACAAAGAGGAUAUGGCUGGCUUUUGGAAGUUGAAGAUGAUGAUCCUGAAGACAACAAGCCCUCUUGUAUGGAGGAGCUGGAUAUCGACCUCAAGGACAUCUACUACAAAAUCCGCUGUGUUCUGAUGCCAAUGCCGUCCCUGGGCUUCAACAGACAAGUGGUCAGAGACAACCCUGACUUUUGGGGUCCUCUGGCUGUUGUUUCUUUUUUUCCCAUGAUAUCAUUGUACGGACAGUUUCGGGUGGUCUCGUGGAUCAUUACCAUUUGGAUAUUUGGUUCACUAACAAUUUUCUUACUUGCCAGAGUUCUUGGUGGAGAAGUUGCCUAUGGCCAGGUUCUUGGAGUUAUAGGAUAUUCCUUACUUCCUCUCAUUGUAAUAGCCCCUGUACUUUUGGUGGUUGGAUCUUUUGAGGUGGUGUCUACCCUUAUAAAGCUGUUUGGUGUCUUCUGGGCCGCCUACAGUGCUGCUUCGUUGUUAGUGGGUGAAGAAUUCAAGACCAAAAAGCCUCUCCUGAUUUAUCCCAUCUUCUUAUUAUACAUUUAUUUCCUGUCCUUAUAUACUGGAGUGUGAUCACCGCCAUACACGAAGAGAAAAGACAGGUCAAGUACGCAGAGGCUGGGGGUUCUCAUGAGGGGACGGAUGGAAAAUCCGCUGCUAGUGAAAUUUCCACAUCACAGAUGUAAACGCAAGUUUAACAUCCUUUUUUUAAACGAUACCUUUUGUAUUUAAUUAAACGACUGCUGUUAAACAUCUGGAGUUUGGGGGUCAGAAGUCUAAAUUGUUUGAUUUCUUUUUUCAUAUUCUAGUGAAUAAAAUGUAAAAACUUGUGUUUUUUAAGAUUGUGUCAGUAGUCACCUAAAAACUUGUGCCAAAAGCACCUGCUGUGGUAAUUAGAUCCUCACUUUGAAAGGUAAAUAUAACAACAUCUUACUAAUCUAAAAGUGCAAUUUUUUUCCUUAAAGGGUUUUCUCCUGCACCGCAGGUCCUGUAGAUAUAUAUUUAUAUUUAUACAAAUAUAUUUAUGAAAUAAUUCUUAUUCACAGACUAUAUUUCUGGAUAGCCUAAAAAUAAGAUAUUUUAAAUCUGAUGCUUCAACUUUCUUUAAUUUGGCCCAUUAAUCUUUUUAUUUGUAAAUUUAGGUUUUUUAAUUGUCUAUAAUUUUUUAAAAGUCUCAUUCAUAAAUGCAUCAAAAUGUCCUUGUCAGGAAUCCUUAACGACGAAGACUCAUUUUAAUAUUUACUGAUAUAGACUUGAUUUGUUUGAGUAUGCAUUUUAAAAAACUAUUUUUGAAUGUCUAAACAGCUGAUCUCGAGUUUCUGUUUAUCUGUCUGACCAAAGGAGCAAGAGGUGUAAUAGAUAUGGCAUUUGUUAAAAUUGUCGGUGUGUAGUCAAAUGGUAAUAUUUAUAGCUUCAGUAAAUAUUUUUGAGUGGCACUCCUAAAUCAUAAUAGUUGCUGGAAAAGAGACCAUUGAAAGCCUCGUGGUCCUGAACAAUGUUACAUGAACUAGAAAAAAAAUAAUAAUAAAAUGGUUCCCAGCCA